GAUGCUUCAGAACAACCAGCUACGACGGGUUCCAGGAGAAGCCCUUCAGAACCUCAGGAACCUCCAGUCUCUGGGUUGACGUGGCUCGUGGCGUUGGAUUAUUGCUCGCUUCGCUCUCUCUUCUCCUUCUUGUUCCUACUCUGGUGUUUCCAGGGUGGAAAGCUCUGAAUGGCUCUGGUACCGGAGCAGAUAAACCACAACAGUAUUAUUGUUGGCCUACAGGAGGCGCCAGCACAGCCGAGGCACGGGUCUACAGGGAAGCCCGGGGGAGGAACAGCAACGAGCCCCACAUCAAGAGACCCAUGAACGCCUUCAUGGUGUGGGCCAAAGAUGAGCGCCGCAAGAUCCUCCAAGCCUUCCCAGACAUGCACAACUCCAACAUCAGCAAGAUCCUGGGCUCUCGCUGGAAGUCUAUGACCAACCAGGAGAAACAGCCGUUCUAUGAGGAGCAGGCCCGUCUCAGUAAGAUCCACCUGGAGAAGUACCCCAACUACAAGUACAAGCCCCGGCCCAAGAGGACCUGCAUCAUCGACGGGAAGAAGCUCCGCAUCGGCGAGUACAAGCAGAUGAUGCGCUCGCGACGGCAAGAGAUGAGGCAGUUCUUCACUGUGGGGCAACAACCGCAAAUCCCCAUCAGCACCAGCGCCGGCGUGGUCUACCCUGGGGCCAUAACCAUGGCAACGACCACACCCUCCCCUCACAUGACGUCUGAGUGCUCCAGCGCCUCAGCAAGCCCGGAGCCGGCCAUUCCCGUCAUCCAGAGCACCUACAACAUGAAGAUAGAGCCCAGUGCCAUGUUAACCAACGACCCCAUCAUCAACGGAGAGGUAGAUGAGAUGGACAUGUACGAGGACUUUGACGAGGAGCCCAAAUCGGACUACAGCAGUGAGACUGAGACACUGGAGCCCAUCGUCAGCGCCAACUGAGGCCUCUCAACACCCGAGCCGAGACAUACACACAUUCAUACUGGAGAACCAUC